AUGAAAAGAUGUUCUCCAGAACUCAACACUGCCAAAAGAGUGGCUGUCGGUGAAGAAACCCUUUCCACUUGGAGGUAUAACUUCAAGACCUUGCCGAACCUGCAAGCGUCCUCAGCCCCUAAACUCGAGGACGUUCAUGGACCAACGUAUGUGGUUAAAGAGGAAUCACGACCGGAUUGGAGAUUCUACUCUGCAGCCACAAGAUGGAAAAUGGAAAAUCUGGCGGAAACGAUUGAAUUAGCGCAAAAAUACUGGAACAUCUUCCUUCGUCUAGGCUUCGUGAGAUGGCGAAAAUUAUCCCUUCAAUAUGGAUCGACAAAGGAUACCUUACUCGUGGGGACACGCUAG